AUAUAGACGCACUUGUACAUUCCAAGUGGCUCACGAAUGCCUGCUGAAACCAUUGGAAGAGCGUCCAACAGUGCCAGCAGUGUUCGAGAGCCACACUGGCAAGACAUCGGGCAUUUGCAUCGUUCUUAAGCAGGCGCAGCAGGCGCGGCGCGUGGUGGAACGAUUGCAGCAAGCGGCGUCUGGCAGCAGACUUUGGCACGCCUACCGAUCAGACUUUAGCAGCAGCAGCAGCAAGCUGCCGCGCACACGUGCACGUGAAGGUUUUGCGCAUGACCCUUCUGGCAGUCCUGACUUCAAGCCAUUCCAACAUCUCGGGCUGAGGCCAGACGGAGGCCUGAAGUUUCUGGCAAUGGCGCAGCACGGGGGUGGUUGGCCGGCCUGGCCCAAGUUCAUCAAAGUGGCGUUUGGCUACGUGGUAUUAUUGGUCAACGUCAGCAUCUUGUUGCGUUGCGCCAGCGUUGCACGACAGGACAUUUCCGCACACGGAAUCUGGAGCCAGCCUGGAGAGUUGUCGCAGAAGGUUCCCCAUGAGAGGUGGCCGCGGCCCCGGCGUCGGUGGCCACAUAACGACGGUGAGGCGAACGAAGGGGUUCAGCGAAAGGUGGAUUUUCGCCAGGUGCAGGUGUUGCACGGGAGUGCAAUCCGGGAGCACGGAGUGGGAGGGGCAAGUGCCACUUACGUCUCAGCAGGAACACCCGGUAAAUUGAUGUGCACCUUGCAGCUCGAGCCGCACAUAUCGUAUCCCAUACACCGCAGCACAUCGAUCGCACCAUUGAUUACUCUCCCAGGGCUCCAGAAAUUAAGCGUUCUGAGUCCACUUUGCCACGUUGGCAAACGUUGCCUGUUUGCUGGAAGUGCGGCAAACGAGUCACUGGAAACCAGGUGCUGUGUUUUCGGACCUUCAGACUUCAGCACCGCCUUCGCGUGUCAACUACCUUCUAAAUCCACCGAGAGGCGGGCGAUGAUGUGCUGUUUCUGUCGCCUCCCCACCCCACCCCCAGAGCACCGCCCUGCCGAGGUUGGUUUCUUGCCGCCGGUGUGGCGGCAGGCUGUCGUGUCCGUUUACGAGAUCGGUGGGUUAGCCUAUUAUUUCAUGCGGCUACUGGUUGCCGCCUGGCGUGCAUGCAGGACGCACGGCGGGCAGUGGGAGGACCUUUACAAUUCUUGGGAGGCGACCGUGUAUAUCUACUGGGAUCUAAUCCCAUCCGUUCGCACAUUCAGUGCCCUGCGCGCGCUGAAGCACGUGCACCCGCAGCUUUUCCCCGCGGAGCUUCGGUCGGCCCACUUGAAGUACAGCAUGCGACUGCGGUCCUGCAGGCAGAGGUUCGCGAUGAUAUCGCUGUUCGUCAUCAAGCGGAUCGUUAUUCUCUGGUUCGGCCUUCAGGCUUUCAUGCACAAAUUCACCCAGACAGCAGCCCAGCUUGAGAUGAACGAAGGUCGCCCGCUCACGCAGAUGUUCUUGGGCAUUGUAUUUCUGAAUCAGCUUGUGGGUGGGGUGGUUCAAAUGGAUAUUCAGUUCCGUAACAGGCUCAUGCUCUUCCUUUUCGGUGGUGAGGACGCCAAGGUCGAGCCAGAGGAAGAUGCUUUGCUCAAUGUGUGGGUCGCCCACGUAGCCAACGCUCUCUGGCAAAGAGCUUUCUGCCUGAACGAUGAUGCCGCCCUAGAUCCGGUCGCCAUAUCCACCUUCAAAGGGGCGACCCCCAAGGAACGAAGAAUGACUGCCUUGGAGAGGCUACUUUGCUGGAUACGGUGGGUGGUUGCUAUCUCCGAUUUUAACCACAUAGAUCUGCAAAAGGCUGUCCUCUGUGAAGGCGAAGAGCAUCGGCAGAGGCGCAAUGAAAUCUUGGGUAGUCGAAGCAUCGACCAUAACGCCAUCAGUUUUCUGGACUAGGUUCACGAAGUGCGCGCGGUUAGAUGACUGGUCUUCUCCGUAGCGUGCGUGCGGUCGGCGAUCCCGUCGAGCAUCUCAGUCGUGCAUUGGCCGCGUCUUGCUCUUUACGCUUCACAAGAAGGUAGUAUGCAGGCCACCUCGGAGUCCACCUUCGAAGGGAAAUAAUAGUCGUCAUCACUACAAUGUUCGAGCGAUCGUCACCACCAUCACGACAGGCAUCGAUACCCUCACUCUAGUCACCGUCACUAUCAUAUUACCUUAGCGUGAAUUAUGUUGCGAGUGGUGGAGGCCGCGGAGCUGUUUGCCUUUUCAAGCGCUGAAAGGGUCUCACGAUACACCUUGAGCCGCCAUCACCAAGAUCUCCUGGGCGGCCUCCUCAACUUGGUUUGUGUGGUCGGCCACGGUCCACUGCCCCGACGGCAUCUGCUCACCAGCGCACGGCAUCGUGCGCCGGCGGCAUCCCAGGCAAGAGAUUUGCGCAACGCCGUGCCACGCGGAAGACGAUACAAGAGGAGGAGGAGGAGUUCAGCUGCCCCAUGCGGUUUUACCUUCAUGCCUGGUUUUGUGCGUGCGAGAAAAUUCGUUUCAUGCACUCGCGCGUUCAUUGAUCGCAUUUACCUAACAGGGCGUCGAGAGCCAGAUCCUGAGCGAAGCAUCUUUGCAGCGGAGAGCGCUUACAUUUUCUGACUUGCUUGAUACCAUACAUUUUGUUGGACGUCCUCCAUCUUGCAUGGCGUGCGAUGUCCCGGUGCGCCGGUGCAGCCGCAGAUUCUUGCGUUUCUUCCAGCCGCAGAUUCAGCGUUUUAUUUCUCUCGGUUGGUCUCGAUGAGUUUUCGAGCGAUGAUAUGUGAUCUGAGUUGCCUCGAUACGCCCGUUUUGAUACGCAAUACGUCCCGUGAUCAAGACGUCCGUGUCAAUAAGUUGCGUGUUGUUCCACGUUUUGGACCACAUUUUGGCGAGUGUAUCGCGUCGGACCUACGUUUUCAGCCUACGUGUUGAGCUCCGUAUCAAUACGCUAUGUGUUGCGUUAGUGUGUACGAGCAUUGAGCUUACGCAGCGGCCACAGCCGUUCCACGAUGCUGAAUUUCGGGCGUAGCCCGAAGUUAGUUUUCGAAUUCGUUUCUGGAGGUGCGACCAACUGAAUAAUUGAUUGGCCACGCACGCUAGCAAGCUGGUUGAAGCUUGGGUGGCAGAGGGCGUAACCUACUUCCGCAGGCAGGAUGAUUAUCAUCGUCAGUCCUUGAUGCAUGUACGCCCGAUAUGGUAGUGGGAGCCUCUACACCGCAAAAUGAUAGCGCUGGUCUGCAGAUUCGGAGCUCAGUGGACCCCAUGUCUUUCGGAGCCCACAUACGAGUCAUCACUGUCUCUGUGUAUAUGUGUAGAUCAUACAUCCUAGCACGGUAUGCC